UUGGGAGGAGUGGCUACCAGAGGAGGAGCAGCUGGGACUGAGUCAUGGCAGGAAGCUGAGGGCGGGUGCUAUCUCAGAUAGCCGUAUAAAAAGGAGAAGGAACCGGCCCUGAAGUUAACAACAGCAGUAACAGCAACCGGAGGAGCAAGCUCCCAGCAGCCCAGCCCUUCAAAUCCAAAUCUGCCUGAAGACCUACCUCCUGGGUGGCCACUGACCAGUCCUUGCCCCAGGAUGGGGACCAUGUCCAGAGCAGCCUUGGUCUUGGCCUGUUUGGCUGUUGCUUCUGUAGCCUCUGAGGGAGGCUUGAAACUUCCAGAGCAGAGGGAGCUGGGGCCAGAGCACCUCCCCUACCACCUUCAAGAAGUUGGCUAUGCAGCACCCCCUUCCCCACCCCUAACCCAAGCCCUCCCCAUGGAUCACCCUGACACUUCUCAGCAUGGCCCUCAAUUUGAGGGACAGAGUGAAGUGCAGCCCCCUCCCUCUCAGGAAGGCAUCCCUAUCCAAAAGGAGGAGCUGCCUCCUCCCCACAUCCCUGUGCAAAAGAAAGUGGAUCCCCCUCUCCCUCAGGAAGCCACCCCCCUCCAAGAAGAGCUGCCCCCUUCCCAGCUCCCUGUGGAACAAAAGGAAUUAGACCCACCUUUCCCACAUCAGAAGGAGACGACCUUCCGACCUAGGCAGAGAGAGGGAAAACCAGCUCCCUUCAUAAGCCAUGGCCCCCCAGAGCCUGAGUCAUGGAAUCUAGCCCAGCACUGCCAACAGGGCCGAUCCCGAGGGGGCUGGGGCCACCGACUGGAUGGCUUCCCCCCUGGGCGGCCUUCUCCCGACAAUCUGGACCAGAUCUGCCUUCCUAAUCGUCAGCAUGUGGUGUACGGCCCUUGGAACCUGCCACAGUCUGGCCACUCCCACCUUAGUCGCCAAGGUGAGACCCUCAAUUUGCUGGAGACUGGAUAUUCUCGCUGCUGCCGUUGCCACAGCUACACGAACCGCUUGGACUGUGCAAAACUCGUGUGGGAGGAUGCAAUGACCCGGUUCUGUGAGGCCGAGUUCUCGGUCAAGACCCGAGCCCACUGGUGCUGCAAACGGCAGGGGGAGGCUCGAUUCUCCUGCUUCCAGGAGGAAGCUCCCCGGCCACACUACCAGCUCCUGGCCUGCCCCAGACACCAGCCUGGUAUUUCCUCGGGCCCCGAGCUACCUUUUCCCCCUGGGGUACCCACUCUGGACAAUGUCAAGAACAUCUGCCACCUAAGACGCUUCCACUCUGUGCCACGAAACCUCCCAGCUACUGAUCCCAUCCAAAGGCAGCUGCAGGCUUUGAUCCGGCUGGAGGGGGAGUUCCAGCGCUGCUGCCGGCAGGGGAAUAACCACACCUGUACAUGGAAGGCCUGGGAGGAUGCCCUUGAUAGAUACUGUGAUCGGGAACAGGCUGUAAAGACCCACCACCACUCGUGUUGCCACUACCCUCCUAGCCCUGCCCGCGAUGAGUGCUUUGCCAGUCAGGCUCCCUACCCCAACUAUGACCGGGAUAUCUUGACCCUUGACCUCAGCCGAGUCACCCCCAACCUCAUGGGCCAUCUCUGUGGAAAUACAAGAGUUCUCACCAAACAUAAACAGAUUCCUGGGCUGAUCCGGAACAUGACCACCCGCUGCUGUGAACUGCUGUUUCCAGAGCAGGCCUGCUGUGCCGAGGAGGAGAAAUCAGCCUUCAUCAACGAACUGUGUGGUCCCCGACGUAACUUCUGGCGAGACUCUGCCUUCUGCUGUAACCUGAGCCCUGGAGAUGAACAGACCAACUGCUUCAACACUAAUUAUCUGAGGAAUGUGGCUCUAGUGGCUGGAGACACUAGGGAUGCCAAGGGCCAGGGGGAGCAGGGCCCAACAGGAACAAAUGUCAGCCCCACCCCUGGACCCAAAGAAGAGUGAGUCACCCCAGAGCCUUGGAGGAUCAGACUGAGGGAACCCCACCCCACCCCACCCUCCCCGAACACUCAUUACAGUAAACACCUCUUGGAUUUGGCAUCCUCAUUGUCUGUAACAUCUCACAUACAAACAUACCCUCCUAAGCUUGCUUGGAUUUUCUUUAGUGACUGGGCCCUGAGGCCCACUGCCCUGCCCUGCACUGACUGAGCAGAAGUCCUACCACAGGCUGUGGUGGGACCAGAACUAAACUACUUAACUUCACAAUUUGU